GUAUGACGAUGUGUUAGUGUGAUCUCGUGUUUCUAAAUCGUGUAGUCACUGUCGGAAGCUAACGGCAAUCAUUCACAAAGCUGGGAAGCAGCAGAGUUUGUCCGUUUUAGCAGUUAGGAAUCUAAACCAGCGCCUUCACAAUGUCUAUUAUGUCAUAUAACGGCGGGGCCGUCAUGGCCAUGCGGGGGAAGAACUGCGUGGCGAUCGCAGCAGACCGUAGGUUUGGCAUUCAGGCCCAGAUGGUCACGACAGACUUCCAGAAGAUCUUCCCCAUGGGAGACAGGCUGUACAUCGGGCUGGCUGGUUUGGCGACGGAUGUUCAGACAGUAGCCCAGAGGCUUAAAUUCAGACUGAACCUGUAUGAGCUAAAGGAGGGUCGCCAGAUCAAACCCAAAACCUUCAUGAGCAUGGUGUCCAACCUGCUGUAUGAAAGGAGGUUUGGGCCUUACUACAUCGAGCCUGUGAUUGCCGGAUUAGAUCCUAAAACCUUUGAACCCUUCAUCUGCUCCUUGGAUUUGAUUGGCUGCCCCAUGGUGACAGAUGACUUUGUUGUGAGCGGCACCUGCUCGGAGCAGAUGUACGGCAUGUGUGAAUCUUUGUGGGAGCCGGAUAUGGAGCCGGAUGAUCUGUUUGAGACCAUCUCCCAGGCAAUGCUGAAUGCAGUUGAUCGAGAUGCAGUUUCUGGCAUGGGAGUCGUCGUACAUGUCAUUGAGAAAGACAAGAUCACCACACGAACCCUGAAGGCCAGGAUGGACUAGAGCUCCUUCUUCUCUUCAUACAUCAUUAACUCAGAUAUUUUGUACAAAAAUAAUAAGAAAUGCUUGUAUUGUCUCUUUUCUCAUUCGCACUGUUCAAUAAAUGAACUUAGGUUUAAACAAUAAACACGACUGAUGUCAUUGUUGGAGGAUCUUAAUAUUGCUUCUAACCUCAGAAAUCGAGUUCACUGUGGAAAUCAAUGCCUCAAAGUGAAAUCACAUAAAACUGACUGAAUGAGCUCAUCAAAAUCCUCGAUGAGUUCUUAAAAUGCUCUAACAAAUUACAUAUGUAAGGAUUGAGGGUGAACCACAAAGUUUAGACUUCACCUUUGACAUUUGUGUCACUUGUUCCUCAGACCUUCACCCUUGAUAACACACCUGUGUGGAGUAGUGGAAGAGCAGUUGAGGGUUCAAAUCCAAUCAGGCACACCUUCCAGGAAAGCUCACCAAGGGCACACAAGUCUCCCACAGAAUAUGAUGAUGUAGUUUAAGGCACCAGUGUUGAAAAAGAAAGAAAACAAGCCCCUUUCAAUGCCAUUUACAGAAUAUUAAACUCAUUUUCCUUCAAAGGCCACAUAAUGUCCAAUAUGAGCUCAAGAGGGCUGGACCAGUAAAGCCAUUACCUAUAAAAAAGGAAAAAAACUUUUAUUUGUUAAAGUAGUCCACAUUUAAUCCCCAAGUUACAAAAAGUGCAGUUUCAACAAUUAUUUUUUUCCACAUUAUAAAAGAAACACUGCUGUAGUAAAUCACAGAAAAUGCAUACAAAAAAUGCAGAGACUGCCCAGUAAUCAAAAACGUUUCAUGCCAGUUCACAAAAAAUAUCCCGUUCUUACUGUGAACCUACUGUAUUUUUAUAUGCAUGUAGUAAAUACUCAAACACAAACAUUUCUGUUAUUUAACAGAAAAAAAAUCUGUCAUUGAACAGUUUAUUAUUUACUUCAGCUGAGCCACAGGGCAUGUAAGAAGGCUGUAGAGUUGACAAAACACAAAUCUUAUGCCCUCCUAAUUUUCACAUUUUCCAAAAUCAUCCAAAUGACCCCCAGACCGUUGGGAUGACAGCCUGGGUUUAAAGCAAACUGGAAUUUUUUCCUGGUUCCAGAGUCAAAAUCAGGCAGGAAGUUUUCACCUGCCAUCCAACAGCAUGUUGGAUUAAUGGUGCCCAUCUGGCCUCUGGACACGCUCACAAAACAGCUUCUUAAUGUAAAGAGUUUGUAACAGUAUAGCAAUAAGAAAAAAGCAUAAUAGAUUCACUAGUAUAAAUGCAGUCUGUACUAAUAGUUCUUAUUGGUAUAGUAAUCAGAUUACAUGUAAUCCAUUACCCACCUAAGCCAAGUGUUACAAAAAUGAGAACCAAGAAGCAGAAAGAAGCACAGCCAAACCACAAAAACAAGAUAAAACUCCCUUUAAUAUGCAAUGAAUCAUUUUCAAGUAACCUUUUUUCCUAAUGUCUGUUGGUAACAAAACAAUACUGUAUACAAACACAAAGUUGCUACAUUAAUGUAAACAAGAUAUAAAAAUGAUCCUUAUGGUAAUAAAACAAGUAUUUGCUGCAGAAUUCCCCUUUUUAAAGUGAAUGUUUGUUUUUUUUUGUCCUCUUUGACCGACCUCCACCAAGUUCACGGUUAAAUUGGAAAAAUAUUCAGAAACAAUAUGGCAACAGAACAUUCAAACACGGAUUUUUUUUCCUUUUUUUAAAAAGUUUUAGUCGUAACACUCAGAUGCUAAGUUCAGUGGUUUGAUGUUUCAACUGGUGGAGUCUCAUGUACACGUCAGCCAUGCAUUUUUUGAUAUUGCAUUCUUUUACUUAAUACACCAUAAUAUAUUCAUGUGUUCAUCACCCUGUCGUUCCAAAUCCAUCAGAAGAACUUGUAAAAAAACAAAACAAAAAUUGUUACCGAGAGAGAAGCCUGAUGGCGACUGUCGGAGAGUUUGCCAUGCAAUCAGACCUUUCUUCAUCUGCGUGUGUGCUGCAUGUGUGUCUAAUAGAAAUUAUAGGAACAACAACAACAUGAACAGAAACUAAAGAGACUCUACUAACGAACUGGUAACUGCUGAAGCUGACACACUCAUUCAAGGCAUUAGUGAGACAGUUUCCGUGCUGGCGUGAGGAGCAACAAGGUGGCUGAAGGAGAGCAGGUUCUUUUUUUGUUGUUUGUUUAUUU